GCACACAUGAAUUACCAGAGUGACGGGAGGAUGUUUGGAUUAUAAUACACAUCUUUAUCCGAAGCAGAACAAUCUAACGGCAAAGAAAACGACGAGUGUGGAUAUACGAGGGGCUUUUGGUUUUUUAUUCUACAGGUCUUUUAUUAAUGAAUAUUUAAUGGCUUGGAAAUGGAGAUAGCUUUGGUGAGUUUUGAGAAGCGGGGAGAUGGAGGCAGUGAUGGAGAAACCUACCAAAACCAAAACUCACUGGAUCAUCCACGCUUGGUCCACAACAAAGAACUAUACUCGAGAAGUCCCCAACAGAGCUCAUGGAAAAUGAACGACAUGAACAACACAAUGAUGGGCUCCACUGAGAAUACGGUGGAUUAUUACAGUCCCCAUUUGUUUGAUGAGGACAUUCUGGACAUGGAUAUGGACCAUGAGAACAACGAACGGGUUCUUAUUAAUAUCGCCGGGCUGAGAUUCGAGACCCAGUUGGGCACUCUGAACCAGUUUCCCGACACUUUACUGGGAGACCCUGACAAGAGAAUAAAGUAUUUCGACCCCCUCAGGAACGAGUAUUUCUUUGAUCGCAACAGACCGAGUUUUGACGGAAUUCUUUAUUUCUAUCAGUCAGGCGGGAAAAUCCGGCGACCUGUUAACGUGUCGAUCGACGUGUUUGCCGACGAAAUUCGCUUUUAUCAGCUGGGAGAAGAAGCGAUGGACCGUUUCCGCGAGGACGAGGGCUUUAUCAAAGAAGAAGAGAAACCGUUGCCACAGAAUGAGUUUCAGAAACAGGUAUGGCUCAUUUUUGAGUACCCUGAAAGCUCUAGUCCUGCGCGAGGCAUCGCUAUCGUCUCCGUCAUCGUCAUCACCAUUUCCAUUAUAACUUUUUGUCUGGAAACUUUACCCGAGUUUCGCGACGAGCGAGAGCUUCCAGUGACUAGUCGCGCGAUCAAUGGUACUCAAGAGCGUCCGUCGCUCACCUUCACCGACCCGUUCUUCAUCAUUGAAACCACCUGCGUGAUUUGGUUCACCUUUGAGCUCUUCGUGCGCUUCUUUGCUUGUCCCAGUAAGUCUGAAUUUUCCAAAACCAUCAUGAACAUCAUUGACAUCAUGUCCAUCAUGCCUUACUUCAUCACGCUGUGCACAGAGCUGGCGGAGCAGCAGGGCCAGGAGCACAACAAUGGCCAGCAGGCCAUGUCGCUGGCCAUACUGAGGGUCAUUCGUUUGGUUCGGGUGUUUCGCAUAUUUAAGCUCUCUAGACACUCCAAGGGGCUUCAGAUCUUGGGUCAGACUCUGAAAGCCAGUAUGCGAGAGCUGGGCCUCUUGAUCUUCUUUCUUUUUAUUGGUGUCAUAUUGUUCUCCAGUGCUGUCUUCUUUGCUGAGGCAGAUGAACCUGAGUCUCACUUCUCCAGCAUCCCAGAUGCCUUCUGGUGGGCAGUGGUGACCAUGACAACUGUUGGGUAUGGUGAUAUGAGACCGAUUACAGUGGGGGGCAAAAUUGUUGGCUCUCUCUGUGCCAUUGCAGGGGUGCUGACCAUUGCACUACCAGUGCCCGUCAUCGUGUCUAACUUCAACUAUUUCUACCACAGAGAAACUGACCAAGAUCAGGCAUCUCUCAGAGACGAGCCUACUAAUGUGGGCACUUCAAACCCAUGUGAUGAACUUCAUGGGCUGAGGAAAUCAUCAACCUCCAACUCAAGAGAUACAGAACACAAUGAAGAAACAAACAUGCCUGUUGAAAAGACUAACAUGAAAGCUAACAGCAGAAUGGAUAUUAAACGCUCCCUUUAUACAUUUUGCUUGGACGCUAGAGAAACGGACCUCUAGUUCGUCCAUCACCACCCCACUGCACUACCAGUGCCCGUCAUUGUUUCCAACUUCAGCUAUUUAUAUCUCAGGGAUACUGACCAGGUGCAGGCAUCUCUCAGAGAAGAGCCUGGCAGUGGCCCUUCAAGCCCAUGUGAUGAAUUUCAUGUGUUUAAGAAAUCUUUAAAUUCAAGAGAUGGAGAAUACAGUGAGGAAUCAAACAUGUUUGAGAUGACUAACAUGAUAAACUGGAUAUUGGAAAAACCUCUAGUCCAUCCAUCUCCAGCAGGCUAAGUUAAUGCACCCAAAGUCUGUACAAUCCAAGGAUCAUCGCACUGCUAAAAUCCUGGAAAGUUGCAGUUAUUUUUUUAAAGUACAUUUUAAUCUGUUGAUCUCUUUGGCAUCAACAGCUUUUAAGUGUUACUUUUAAGAUUUCUUAUCCAGAAUAGAACACAAAAUAAUGAUCAAUUAAAUAAGUAAAAUAUUAAGAACUUGCUGGGAUGCUUUGAAAUUCGAUCACAGGCCUUAACUCUUUCAACCACCUAUUGUAUAGUUCCUCAAUGACUCCCAACUUAAGUGAAAAGCCAAAAUAGGUCUUCUUCUUUUAAAGCAUAUUUAAAAUAAUGCAUGUACAUAUUUUUUGUAAAAUAAUUGUUUGGUUUUUAGGGUCUUGUUCAAUACCACUUUUAUUGUUGGUCUUAAACAGUUUAUGUGAAGUUUGUGGCUAUCAGUAACUUUUAUCAGUAACUUAAUUUUUCAUUGGCGUAUGAAAUCUAAGAAGCACUUCGAGGAAAAGGACAACUUUAUUGUGUUUUGCCGCUGGAUUCACAACGAUGAAGCCUUGUCGACUUUUUUUCCCCCUGAAGUUUAUGUAAGACUGUGUACAGGAGAGAGAAACCACAACAAACGACUCAACCAUGAAAAUCUAUUGAAUCCAGAGGAGAACUUGAAGAAAAUCCAGUGAUCCGUUCUCAUAUAAGAUCCCAGAAGAGGAGCUAUAAUCAUGACAACAGAUUCUUCAGACUCUCUAAACACCUCUGCAGAAAACCUGUGCCUUUGAUCAAACCCUGUGAAUCAGUCGUUUUCUGGACAUUUAUGGGACCAACAUAUGAUAACUGAUACUCCACUCCUGACAGACACCUUUUUGAACUGAACAGGUGACAUGUAAAGCCAUGGAGUCCAACAAAUCUGUGUAGAACAUAAAUCAUGUUAGAGGAAAUCCCAUGUGCAAUAUUAGUCUAUAUUUUAGAGUGAAGUUAAUUUCUAAGUAGAUUUUGGAUGACUAUGUUCAUUUGGUUUAUUUUUGUAAAGCUUUUUCCUGAUGUAUAUUUUUCUAAAAUAAUAUUAUUCUCCAACAGAGGAGACACUUCUGAACACCUUUAGAUAAAAUAGUGUUAGGCAAAGAAAAUGCCUCCUUUCUUAAACAGGGGAAAAGCCAUAGUACCUCUCAUCAACAACAGUGAUCAUGUUUAGAAUGGCAUUUGCUGAAUUUGUGUGUCACCCUUACAUAUGUGUGCCCUAUAAUUUGAUUUGGUGUAUAUUUGAGUGAUUAUAUAAUUUAUUAUUAUUAUUAAUAAUAAUAAUCUAAAAAAACAUAAUUUUAAAAGUUAUAUAAUUCAUUUAUUUUAUUUUGGAUUAUCUUCAAAACAAUUGUUUUAUUUAGUAAAAGAUUAUCAUGAUUUUUAUAUCAUGAUUAUCAUGUUUCAAAUUGACAGCUUUUAUUGAUUUUCUUAAUGUGUGCUUUUUGUGUUUGGGUUUCAAAAUGCACAUGUAAUGAAAUAUCUGCAUUUUAUUUUAUUUUAUUUAUUUAUCUGGGUCUAAAUGAAGAAAAAGAACAUAGUGUUUUAUAUUGUACUACACUAGCAAUUCAAAAAUAUUUCACUUUGCUGUUGUUAACAAAUGUUGUCUAAUAGAAAACCCUUACAUUUACAUAUAUACCACAAAUAUGCAAACUUUUCUCCCAAAACCAUUUGUGCGUCACAUCAUUACCUUCAGUGACAGACAUUUUGAUGACAAAUUGAUGAGGGAGCUCUGAUUUUCAUUACUUAUCGAUAAUAAUAAUAGUAAUAGAAUGUUUAUAGAAUAUAUGAAUUAAGUUGAAUUAUAUGUUUCAACUGUAAAAUAAAUAAAGUCAUGCAAGCUUGCCUAAUGCUGAAGUUACAGCAAAAAAAGACAAAAAAUGUCAACUAUGUUACUCAGUAUAUUAAUUAUAGGUAUAGAUCACUAUAUAUUUUAUUGUCAUUCAUUCAGUGUUGCGGAACAAAAUAUAUCUUUAAGCUACAAAUUAAAUCAUGUUCAGAUUGUCAACUGUCAUGUGACCCUUACUGUCAAUUGUGUUACCUUUUGUACAUUUUUUUUUUUUUUUUUUGAAUAUUGUCAGUGACUUAAAUUGACUUGAAAAUGCUGCUUCAGUCAUGCUAUAAAGUGCAUUUUAUAUCCCCACAGGUAGGACUUUUGCAGAACAAUCUCAAAAGUAUGAAACUGAUCAAUAUUGUAGAUUUAUAAUAAAACAUGUUGCUUUACCUACUGAUACCCAUGAUGAGAAUAUCAGUUCAUCAAAAUCUUUUAACAUCUGUGUCACAAGACCCUGUAGAUGCAUUCCUUGAUAUGUAACAGUAAAGUAUACUGCCAUUUCCUCCAUAUCCACAUUGAUGUCUAUGUAAGAGAAAGUAUACUGAGGCUUUGAAAUACAUUAUGGAUUAUUUCUAAAUGCUUGAUUACUUUCAGUAGAGAACACUUGUGUCCUUUAAGCUGCUGUCUUUAGACUGUUUGGCCAGGAUGUGGCUACAUAAGGAUCCAGUACGUCAUCUGUUGCAACUCAAACAGCAACUAACAGAAGUUUAUCUAGGAUGCCAGAAGUUUUUUUUUUCUUCUUCUUCUUUUUCUGAUGUCCAUGUUAUGAUACAUAUUUACAAUAUUCACACUAUUAAACCACCAACAUGAAAAUAUGACACACUAAAUCAUGAUAUUUAUAUAUUUAUUUAUUUAUCUAUCUAUCUAUCUAUCUAUUUAUUUAUUUAUUUAUUAAUGAAUGAAUGAAUGAUUGAUUGAUUGAUUGAUUGAUUGAAUGAAAGUUAUUUUUGUACUCUGGCUACGGUAGGGAAAUAUUUAUUGUUGGAUGAAAUGGCACAAACGGUUUGGAGAAAAUUGAUCUAAUUUAUCUGAAUCGAUGUAUUGUUUUACCAAGUCAUACAAUCAUGUCUAUAUAAACAGUGCUUUAUUUAUUUGUUACUUCAGUCACAUGUCUUGGUCAAGUGUUGCUUAUUCUGUUCUGUUAUGAGGGGUAAAUAUCUCAAUAAAAUGUCAAAUCUGU